AUGUCACAAUCUUCUUGCUCCACUCCAAGCAAAUCCUCUAAAGAGCAAUCAAACCCUAAAAAUAUUGACAUUGAGAUAGAGCUCUUUGAUGUCAUCAAUGAUGUUGUUCCCCUCUCGGUCGUUCCUGUCCGUGCAACUCCCAUGAGAAAGGAUAGAACUUCAUGUUCAAGAAAAGGAAAACCUACUAAAGUAAGUACCUAUUCCACUCCCUCCAUAAGUGCUAAAAAUAUGAAUGAUCCUAAACCCCCAACUGUUGUAAAGAAACCCAUGUCUAUGACAAGUCUGUAUCUCGAUCCCAUAAACAUUGAACCUUAUAUUGAUGUGUCUAAGGAUUGUCCUGUUGCGACAAAUGUUAUGAAAAAUGUUGAAGCUUAUGGAACCAACAAUAAACCUAGAUAUGUUACUACCUUGAGUAAAUCUAGCGUGAUCGUUGCUGACAGAGACGAUGUUGAUAAGAAUAUCAACAAAGAAAGGUAUGAAGAUAUAAAUAAUGAGUUGGGUAACAAAGAAAAAAACCAUACUGAUCAACCCACUGACAUUGUUAAUUUUGAGGAACUGGACUCUGAUGAUAUUCGUAUUAGGAAAAAACUGGCUCCUGGCAUAGCUAAAAGGUUGAAGAACAGAAAAGGCCAAGUUGUUGGAUCCUCUAACACUCCCUCCAAAUCAGCCCGAAAGAAAGCUAGUGACAUCAUCUCUACUUCCAUAAAGUACGCCUAUGGGAAGAAGAUACCAGCUAAUAUUCCUGAAGUUCCACGUGACAACAUUUCUUUUCACUCUACUAAAAAUGUUGAAAAAUGGAAAUUUGUUUAUCAAAGAAGGUUAGCAUUGGAAAGGGAAUUGGGGAAGGAUGUUUUUGAAUCUAAAAAGGUGUUAAGCUUGAUUCAAGAAGCCGGUUUAAUGAAAACUAUAACAUGCUUUGUCAAGGUCUAUAAAAUACUUAUCAAAGAGUUUAUUAUGAACAUCUCCAAGGAAUGUGACAACAAACGAAGCAAGGAAUUCAGAAAAGUAUAUGUCAGAGGAAGACGCAUGGAUUUUUCUCCUGAAAUAAUCAAUAGGUUUUUGGGUAGAAAUAAAGAAGACCAAGUUGAUAUUGAAGUCUCUGACAAUGUCAUUUGUAGAGAGAUUACUGCUAAACAAGUGAAGGAAUGA